CAGGGGACUGAAAGUUGUGGAACCCUAAUUUGUGACAUCGGGUGUUUUUUGGUAAGCAGCCAUUUAUGACUCUGGAAGAUUGGGACUGACAGGAAGCCCCUUCUGAGAUUUUAACAAAGUUCUCGAACAACACCUAUACCAUGGACAUAAAGCUGGAUCCUUCCCGAGAUGACCUGCCUCUCAUGGCCAACACCAGCCACAUACUUGUGAAGCACUAUGUACUGGAUUUAGAUGUGGAUUUCGAAAGUCAAAUCAUUGAGGGCACCAUAGUGCUUUUCUUCGAGUCUGGAAAUAAAUUCAAGAAACAGAGUAGUUCCACCGAGGAAACCUACCCAUCAGAGUCAAACGAAGCCUGCAAAUUUAGGACGCCUGAACCCUGCCGUAUUCCUGUAACAAAUACAAGGACCGUCUCAUCUAAAAUGGGAUAUAAUGAUUUUGUAAUCUGUGGUAAAGGUGAAAAAGAUACGUCUGGUAAAGAUGGUAACCACGACAACCAGGAACAGGCUUCUGGGAUUUCUAGCUCAAAGUACUGCUGUGACACAGGGAAUCAUGGGAGUGAGGAUUUUUUGCUAGUGUUGGACUGCUGUGAUUUAUCUGUGUUAAAGGUUGAGGAGGUGGAUGUUGCUGCUGUGCCAGGUAUUGAAAAAUUUACAAGGUCUCCCAAGCUCAGGAAUCAGAUUGUACGUGAACUCGUGGCUCUGCCUGCAGAUCGUUGGAGCGAGCAGUUAGACUAUUAUGCUCGCUGCAGCCAGGCUCCUGGUUGUGGGGAACUCCUGUUUGACAUUGACACUUGGAGCUUACAGAUCAGGAAGACAGGGGUUCAGACAGCUACUGACUUUCCUCAUGCCAUAAGGAUACGGUACACAACCAAACCCCAGGGGCGAUCAGUUACGUGGACCUCAGACCAGAGUGGCAGGCCAUGUGUUUAUACUAUGGGAUCGCCCAUAAACAACAGGGCCCUUUUUCCAUGCCAGGAGCCACCCGUUGCCAUGUCAACAUGGCAGGCUACAGUUCGAGCAGCUGCAUCUUUUGUUGUUUUAAUGAGUGGGGAAAAUUCUGCCAAGCCAACACAGCUUCGGGAAGGAUGCUCAAGUUGGCAUUACUACGUAACCAUGCCAAUGCCAGCCUCCACCUUCACAAUUGCAGUAGGAUCCUGGACAGAAGCGAAGCCAGAGAUCUGCUCAUCAGAUGAUCUGGCAACAGAGGGAUCCUUCUCACCUUUCGAGGCUGACUUCAGGUAUGUUGGUGUUUGUGGUCACAUGGAGUACCCCUGCCGCUUCCAGAAUGCUUCUGCCACCACCCAGGAGAUAAUUCCUCAUCGGGUCUUUGCUCCAGUGUGCCUGAAGGGUGCCUGCCGAGAGACCCUUCUGCCGCUGAUCCCUCCUUGCCUCUCAGCAGCACACUCUGUCCUGGGAACACACCCGUUCUCCAGGCUGGAUGUACUCAUUGUUCCUGCCAACUUUCCGAGUCUGGGGAUGGCCAGCCCACACCUCGUCUUCCUCUCUCAGAGCACCUUGACUGGAAUGAGCCAGUUCUGUGGGACCCGUCUCUGCCAUGAAAUUGCUCACGCCUGGUUUGGCCUGGCUAUCGGGGCCCGAGACUGGACGGAAGAGUGGCUCAGUGAAGGGUUCGCCACUCACUUGGAAGAUGUAUUCUGGGCCAAGGCGCAGCAGCUGGCCCCCCACGAGGCCCAGGAGCAGCGGGAGCUGAAGGCUUGCCUGCGCUGGCGUCGCCUCCAGGACGAGGUGCGGAACUCCCCGGAGGAUAUGCAGGUGUUGAGACCCAAUAAAGAGAAAACUGGCCAUGUGAGUGACUCAGGAUCUUCUGUCAUCAAACACGGGCUCAAUCCGGAGAAGGUCUUCAUGCAGGUUCAUUAUUUAAAGGGCUAUUUCCUUCUCCGGUUCCUUGCCAGAAGACUUGGAGAUGACACCUAUUUUUCAUUUUUAAGAAAGUUUGUGCACAAAUUUCAUGGGCAGCUGAUUCUUUCCCAGGAUUUCCUUCAAAUGCUGUUGGAGAGCAUCCCAGAAGAAAGAAGGCUUGAGUUGUCUGUUGAAAACAUCUUCCAAGACUGGCUGGAGAGUUCCGGAAUACCACAGCCACUGCAGAGGGAGCGCCUGGCCGGGGCGGAGUGCGGGCUCGUGCGGCAAGUGAGCGCCGAGGGGAGUGCGGGCGGCGCGGUCGCCAAAUGGGUCCGAGUGAACAGGAGACCCCGAAAACGGAAACGAAAGGAGACAGAAGAAGUGUUGGAAAAGCUUCUUCCAGACCAGCUGGUCUUGCUUCUGGAGCAUCUCUUGGAGCAGAGGACUAUGAAUCCCCGAACUCUGCAAAGACUUGAGAGGACGUACCACCUCUCGGAGCAGGAUGCAGAGGUUCGCCACCGAUGGUGUGAACUUGUUGUUAAGCACAAAUACGCAAAAGCGUACAGAAACGUGGAGAGGUUCCUUCAGGAGGAUCAGGCCAUGGGCAUCUACCUCUACGGGGAGCUGAUGGUGAGUGAGGAUGCCCGGCAGCAGCAUCUCGCCCGCAGGUGCUUCGAGCUGAGCAAGGAGCAGAUGGACAGAUCCUCAGCCGAGGUGGUGGCCGAGAUGUUAUUUUAA